GGGUGAGCCGCAUAUCGCGUGCUUGCGUGCGUCAGAGAGGACGUGGUAGGACAGCUGGAGCGCGCGCAACCGCCCGCCCGCCCGAAGAGCAAUAACAGCAUUUUCAGCGACAUCACUCGAUUUACGCCAUGCAAAUAACACGAGAAAAUGAAACGGGACUGGUACGACAGAGAAUGUAAGACAUUUGUCGUGUAUCUGAUCUUCUAAUGCUUCCUAUAAUUUAUGACUAAAAAGAUUUGGGACGUUGCAACACAGUCGCCAGAUCUCAGGGAAUAAUUGAGUCUUAACCGCCACAUACCCCGAUAAACCAUGCCAGAGCAGAGUAAUGAUUACCGGGUGGUGGUCUUUGGAGCAGGGGGAGUGGGAAAGAGCUCCCUGGUUCUGCGCUUCGUUAAGGGCACCUUCAGGGACACCUACAUCCCGACAGUGGAGGACACAUACCGCCAGGUCAUCAGCUGUGACAAGAGCGUAUGCACUCUGGAGAUCACCGACACCACUGGCAGCCACCAGUUCCCUGCUAUGCAGCGUCUGUCCAUCUCCAAGGGCCAUGCCUUCAUCUUGGUCUACUCCAUCACCAGCAGGCAGUCGCUGGAGGAGCUGAAGCCCAUCUACCAGCAAGUGCUGGCCAUCAAAGGUAACGUGGAGAACAUCCCCAUCAUGCUUGUGGGUAACAAGAGCGAUGAGACCCAGCGUGAGGUGGAGACCAAGGAGGGCGAAGCUCAGGCGAACAUCUGGAAAUGUGCGUUCAUGGAAACAUCAGCCAAGACCAACUCCAACGUGAAGGAGCUUUUUCAGGAGCUCCUGAACCUGGAUAAGAAGCGGGAUAUGAGUCUGAACAUGCGCUCCAGCAAGCAAAGACGUGCAGACAAGCUGAAGGCGAAGUGCAGUGUGAUGUAGGAAGCUGGAUCCAUGGUUUCAUCACUCAACGCGUAACUGACUCCUUGAUAAUGUAUAAGUCCCUCACCUUAAAGGAACAGUAUGCCCAAAAAAUGAAACUUCUGUCAUGAUUUACUCUUCAUCCUGCCAUUUUAAACCCAUAUGACUUAUUUCUCCCAGAGAACACAACAGGAUACGUUUUUUAAAUAAUUGUACUGAUAAAACUUGUCCAUGCAAACAAAAAUCUCACUGAAAUGGUCAAUUUGACUUGUGAGGUGUAUUCCAAGUCUUAUAAGGGAAGUCAAAUUAUAUCAUACAGUAUAUUAACUGUCAUAAGUUGAACACAUGAAUGAAACAGACUGAUUUUGUGAACUGGAUCAACUGAUUCUUCGACAAAGCAAACUAUUUGUUCACGGAUUAGAUAUCAUUACAUAUUGCAUUAACAUGCCAAAUUGACCUGGGGUGGAUGUAAAACAUUUUACGGAAUAAAAAUGUAAAUUAAGCUAUUUUUCCACACAAAUCAAUUGAAUGGCUUUAUAAGACUUGGAAUUCAGCGAACUAGUCAUAUGGACCACAUUUAUGAAACUUUCAUCGUUCUUUUGCACCUUUUUGAUUCUUAUAUUUCCUUUUUUGUGUGUGUUCAAUGGAAGGAAGCCAAGUAUGUUUGAAAUGACACGAGGGUGAGUAAAAAAGAUGACAGAACUUUCAUUUUUGGGUGAACUCUCUCUUUAACUAUAGAUUCCUCUCAGUCUUAAUCAGGUAAUCUUUAGUGUGCAUCCAAACCUUCAAUCGUCUCCCUUCCCCUGUAUGUUCCGACUCCUGUAGUGACUCUGUGCACAAGACUAUAAGAGCUGACACAUGAAGCAGGGAGGACGUCCCACUAUUCUCACACAUGCUCUCUUCUACUGCUUUCUGUGGACUUUUUAUUGAAUUCAAGACAGACCAAAUUAUCAAUGUGACCAUUUUUAUGUCUGGCUGUGGCUUAAAUGGUACGGUGUCGAAAUGCAGACAUAAAUGUCUUGAACUGGUUAUGCAUUGUACGGGAUUCUCGUCCAAAGAAGGAAAAGGCAUGGACACAGCUAAACAGGCGACACUAUCUGCUCUUCCAAAUUACAUAGCAGCACAAAAGCCUUUUACGAAUCGGAAAACAAUUCGGGACGAAGGACAUUCUUAGUUAACCGGCUUGCCAGUGAUGUAACCUGGUAUAACAGAGUAAAGUGCAUAAUGCAUGUUUGAUGAUAUAAACUACCUUCAUAUUAAAUGUGAUUGAGAUAUUUUCAUCGAGAACAGAGCUAUACCUUAUUGAAGCACAGUGAAUAAGUCCUAAAUGUGAUCAUUUCUAAAAGCUUUUCUUUUUUUUUUCUUUUUUUUUGUGAGGGGGGUGGGGGUUUGGGGGUGUCGAUUGGUGCUUUGUUUUACUCUGUUAUGUUUUUCAAGUGUUGAUGGCACUCGAAAACCUUAAUAUAUGCAUUUCAUCAUCUAACUGAAAACAUAUAUCCUGUAUGUGAAAUCUAUGUGUAUUAUCAGCACUAAUGAAAGCCCCUGUACAGCCCCUGUUUUUCUGUCGGUGUCUAUAUUUCCUCUGAUAAUUUAAUGCCAUUUGCUUUAGCAAUACAUAAUAUAAAAGCACUUUUAGAAUCUUGAGCACAUUCAAAACACAGAGCAUUAACCUUUACAAAAAUGUUCCUGUCAAACACUCUGCGUUUACAACUUUACUGCAGAUACAGUGUUUAUUCAAUAAAUAUUAUGUGAGGGACCAGAAAAAUAAAGAAGCACAAACAAAAGGGAAAUAA